AUGAAUUCUUCAGAUGCCAAGUAUAUUUCAGUUUCUUCUCCACACACUCGCAACAUGAGUAAAAAAGAUUUUCCCCAAAGCAUACUCAUGCAACCAGAUUUCCAUCCUGCAAAUUGGAAAAGGCCAUCUGUAAAUGAAGGGGGCUUUGCCUCCCAUCUGCAUGAUUCCCAAGAGUCUGAUUCUGAAAGCCUUGUUCAGGAGAGACGGUAUCAGUUAGAACUCCAGCAGCGGAUUCGUGAAAAUGAAGAGCUGGUAGGACUGUAUUCUGAUGAGUUGGAGAAUGACAGCUUAGAAGAAGAUAACUUGGAAGAGAGGAGUUUAAAAGAACAAGAAGGAGCUGAGUAUGACACAGAUAAAUGUACAAAUGGAAUACAAAAGAACGAUGGUAAUGGAAGGAAACAACAAUCUGUGGACAAAUAUUUCAGCCUACGAUACAAUCCUAAUUGGAAGUACACAAAACAGGUAGCAGAAUUUUCUGAGGCAGAAAAAGCAUGUCAGGUUUCUGGAGGAAGCAGUGUGGACUUUUCACAAGAUUCAUUUUACCUCCAUUCCAAUGGGUCUCCAGAAGAAAAGGAUCAACAGGAAGUAAAGUCACAAGAUUCAUUCUCAGAAUUUGGUACAGAAUUACUGAGUAUUCAUGAACCAAAUGCUGUGGUCACCAAUGAACCUUUUAGGCUACAUACCAAGGGGAAGGAAUCUGCAGGUGUCUGUCAUUUCAAAGAUAGUCCCAGGGCUUUUUCUCUUCAGAUUCAAAACCGACCACCAAGAGCAAAAAUAGACUUUGUGGAAAAAAACAAACGGACUUUAGGAUUACCUGCAGAGAAGAUAAAUUCCUAUCUUCAAUUACACAGUAAAAAGCAAGAAGCUGUUCUUCAAGAGCUGGUUACAGGUCCUAAAACUGUUAAUGAGGAACCAGUUCAGAGCAUCCUGCCACUCCAGACUGUGAAAAUGGAGCCUGAAGACAAAUGGUACCUGAAAGCACAGCAGCUCAAGGAUCACCAAAACAAAUCUUCCCAGAGAAAGAAAAUAAAAGCCAACCAGCAUCCCAAAGGGAGAGCUUUCCAAAGGAACGAUAGCCAACAACCACCAGUAAGACCAGCAGAACCAAAGUCUUGGCACCAGAGGCACCAUCAAAUAUCAGAGUUUCAGACUGCUCCCAUGCAGGCAGUGGAGCAAGACAACAACAGCACACUGCAGAAUUGGCUGUAUCCAAGUCUUCCUGUUGGCCCUGACACCAAUACAGCAGCAAAUUCAGAUAUCCACUUAAAUAAUUUCCCCAAUUCCAGACAUUUUGAGAACAAGAAACAUCAGCAUGAUUCUCCAAAUGAACUUCCACAUGACCAGCAACAUUUAUACAACCCUGUGGCUGUGCAGCUUUUUGCAAGAGAAAACAAUACCAAUGGUCAAGCACAUCCCAAUCAGAGGAAUAUUUCAUCUACUUUUGAUGCCAAUUUUCAAGAAUUGGUGAAGGAUCAAGUAUCACUUCAGGACUGCAAAGGGCACAUUUAUGUGGAGAAAAGAUAUCAGAACUAUGCUCUCAGUAGUUUAUGGCCUUCUUGGUCUUCUGUUCACAGUUUUCCAACAGCCCCUUGUACAGCCUCCCAAUUUACACAAAUGAUGGAACGACAUCACCAAGAAAUCACUCACUUGACAGAAGCUCACUUAGCUGACAGGUACUUGUUCAGCCUACUUCCACCUAUAAUUCCACAGGUAGAAAGUGGUUCAGCAGUAGAUCCAGAGAGCAGUGAAGGAAAUCGAGUGCAAAUAAACCGAAGCAACUCAGAAGGAUAUCUCAUGCAAAUGGAAAAGCAAAACAAGCCUAAAGUCAGCAAGAAGCCAUGUAGCUCAAAAGCCUACGUACAUCUGAACGUGAAGCUUGGAGGCCUUGGACCUGACUAUGAAGCAAUCAAAGAGAAAAAAGAGAAGUUAAAGCAACAAAAGGAAUAUGCAAAGCAAAUUAAGGAACACAAUAUGAAAAGCAUUGGUUCAGUUCAGAAGUUACCUACAAAACCCCAGGUUGUAUCUUCAGUGUCAAGACAGAAGGCGCUGGAGUAUGCUAAGAAGGUUCCUAGACCAAAGACUUUCACAGCAAGAAAAUCAGAUGAAGAGGUGAAAGAGAAAACAGUUCUACCACAGACUUUAAAUGGAGAGAGUUUACCUCAAAUUGCAUCCUUGGAAACUUUGCAAAAUAGACACGAGAAGGAAAAGCAAGUUGUAGCUGCUUUCAAAACCCUUCAUAUCUUAUAA